CGAAAGUAGGUCUGAGGCCCCAGCGCAAAGCGGUGAUGUAAACAGUGGCUGCUCUCGUCGGGACAACCGUAACGACGACUGACUGAGCCCAAACCCAAGGCCAAGUCACCAGGCCUAGAUCUAGAUCUAGAGUCUAUCAUUGUUUUCAUUUAGACCUUAGAAUUUUUAUUGUAGAUCUACCGUCGGAAUGGAAACAAGACUAAAGAGAGACGCUGUGGAUGGUGAUGUUGGGUGGCUGUCCAAAUCGAAUCCGCCCCGUCACAUGCUUCAGACUCAUUCAUCGAAAUCUGGCCAGAGACAAGGUGCCUUGUCCAGGAAACAUCCGCCAAGAAUGUCGCUUACAAGGAGGCCAUCCAGCCUGGCAGCCCGACUAACCCAGAAUUCCCCACCCCUGCCUCAACUGAUGACGAACACACGGCAAAGUUCUCUACUGCAGUAUUUCGCAGGUGGCAAAACACACUGUGCCCAGGGUGAGUUUCCGGCCCUGCUGAGCCUGAGUCAAUGGAAUGGUUGUGUGGUAUUGAGUGCUUCCUCUAGAAACACUGCAAGACUAAUAAAAGCCACUGGUUUUCACCUAGGCAAUCGGUGAGAGUUUUAAUGUGAAUGUGUCUACCCUAGUGACCCAACUAUUUCUGUGAAAAAAUGGGUUGAUUGAAAUGUUGCCUGCACUAUUUUUGUGAGGUCAUUUGGUGAUUCAUCAGCCAUAGGUUCAGACAGAGUUUUAAAAAAAAUUCUAAUUUUAGGUUCUGAUGAAAAAUCUGUUAUCAUAUUCUAUUCAUAAUCAGUGCCCCAAAUGAGCAAAGUCAAUGUAUAAACAGCUAUAAUAUUAAUUAUUAACAAUUUUAGUCAUUUGAAAAAAAAGUUUCAUUUCUUGUUUUUCCAACCUUGUUUUCCCUAACCUUUGACCUGCUUCAUUAUUUGGCUGAGUGUUC